UUGGUUCACUACGAUACAGUGUUCCACUUCAGCAUGUUGUCCCGGGGACUGUGAGCAGUGACACCACGAAAGACGCUCCUGUCAACAGAUUCCUCCAAAAGUUUAGCUUAGUUGUCGUAGCUAAUUAUGACACGGAAACUACAAUCUAUUAAAGUAUUGGGCGUGAAAGUUUGAUUUUUUUUCGUCUUAAAGAAUUUUAGUUGUGAUUAACACACGUGCGUGGGGGAGCUGUUUGAUAAGAUCGAGGUCCAACUCAGAGAGGAGACAAACACGCUGGUUAGUUAAUAUUUCAACAGACACCCCUGAUAAAAUGACUGAGUUUUCGGACAGCAGCACCAAGACACUAAACUUCAACGUCGGGGUCCUGGGACAUGUCGACAGCGGGAAGACGUCGCUUGCCAGGGCGCUCAGCAGCACCGCCUCUACGGCCGCCUUCGACAAGAACCCGCAGUCCCGCGAAAGAGGGAUCACCCUGGACCUCGGCUUCUCCUCCUUCACGGUGGAUCUCCCUGAUCACCUCAGAGACGGCGGAGGGCGGCUCCCGUAUGACAGCCUGCAGUUCACCCUGGUGGACUGUCCGGGACACGCAUCGCUGAUUCGGACAAUCAUUGGAGGUGCCCAGAUCAUUGACCUCAUGAUGCUGGUGGUGGACGUGGUGAAGGGGAUGCAGACUCAGACCGCCGAGUGCCUGCUGAUCGGAGAGCUGACCUGCCCUCGCAUGGUCGUCGUCCUGAAUAAGAUCGACCUGCUGCCCACUGCCAAGAGACAAAGUGCCAUUGAGAAAAUGACCAAGAGAAUGCACAAAACGCUGGAGAACACCAGAUUUAAGGAUUGUCCAGUGAUUGCUGUGGCAGCCAAGCCCGGCGGCCCAGAAGCUUCUGACGCAGAGGAGCCACAGGGAGUACCGGACCUAAUAGAGCUUCUAAAGAAGCAGACCUACCUCCCUCAGAGAGACCCUGGCGGCGCCCUGCUCAUGGCCGUGGACCACUGCUUCUCCAUCCGCGGUCAGGGGACAGUCAUGACCGGGACCAUCCUGCAGGGGUCGCUGGCCAUUAACGACAAUGUGGAGAUCCCAGCACUGAAGGUGACCAAGAAGAUCAAGUCGGUGCAGAUGUUUCGGAAGCCUGUAAACGGGGCCAUGCAGGGGGACCGCGUGGGUGUGUGUGUGACACAGUUCGACCCCAAGCUUCUUGAGCGCGGCGUGGUGUGCACCCCCGGGUCCCUGCGCACCCUCUUUGCGGCCGUCAUCUCCGUGAGGAAGAUCGGCUACUUCAAGGGCUCGCUGUCCACCCGGGCCAAGUUCCACAUCACAGUGGGUCACGAGACCGUCAUGGGGAAGGUGACCUUUUUUGGCCUGCCGCCCGCGGCUCCCCCAGACGCUAAUCCACCUCUGCCGUGCUCACUAGAAACCCCCUUCACCUUCGACAGGGAGUACUUCUACCAGGAGGAAUAUGCGUCUGGUCAGGGGGACGGGGGUUCGGGGUCGGACCCCGAGCAGUGGGCCUUACUGGAGUUUGAGCGGCCGGUCACGUGUCCUUCUCUCUGUCUGGUAAUCGGAUCCAAACUGGACACGGACAUCCACGCCAACGCAUGCCGGCUCGCUUUCCAAGGCCGUCUGCUGCAUGGGUUCGAAGACAAGAACUACGCGGAGACGGCCCUGCCUCAACUCCACAUCUGCAAGACGAAACACAAGGAGGGACAGGUGGAAAGGGUGACGGACGACUACACUGUGAUUGGCCGCAGCCUGUUCAAGAAGGAGACGAACCUCCAGCUCUUUGUGGGCCUGAGGGUCACGCUGUCGACAGGGGAGAGCGGCGUCAUCGAGGGCGGGUUCGGACAGAGCGGCAAGUUCAAGAUCCGUGUUCAAGAGGGCCUUCGCCCAGAAACCAUACAGUUGCUGUCCAGCUCCUCCAAGAAGAAAGGGAAGGGCGGAAGCAAGGGGGGAGCAGCGGCCGAAGAGGAGCCGAAAGCAGACUCUCAGCCCGUUAGCAUUCACCUGCAUUUCAAGCGUUACAUCUUUGACCCUCAUAAGAAGAUGGUGCAGUCUUGACCUCCGCCGCACACGUUUCAGACGGUGCUAGCGACAGAGAGGAGGCGGCUUCAGGCGUCCCGUCAGAGUGGGGGGAAUUCUAGGCAGUCCAUCGGGGCGCUCUGCUCUCAGCUUUCAUUUGCUUUUUUUUUUUUUUUCCUGUGGACUGAGGCCGUCUGCUGAAGUGCAGUGGGUGUGGGAAUCUUCUGAAAUGAGCUGGACUCCAUCCCGUUCGCUCCAUCAUGAGGAUAAAAUCUGCUCUGAUCUUCUGAUUUUUUGCAUUUGAUAAUUUUUUUUUUCAAAUCACUUCCUUUGAUCAUUCUUUGUUAUAAAGUUUCAGUCAAUACUUAAAACAAGUAACAGACUUUUCUUGAGCCAAAGCUGUUAGCGAGACACACAGACUCGAAUGUCCUGCCCAGAUCUUCUCUCAAACUGUAAAGAAAAAAAGAUGUUAUUCUAUCAAAUCUGUGUCAACUUUUAAAUCAUCAACUUCUGCUUUGACAUACUAAGUGCAUUUCAUUAUUUCUUUUUUUUUUUUUUUCUUCAACGUUUUUCAUCAUGUAGCACUUGAUGCCUGAACAAUGAUGGUCUCUCUGCUGGAUUUCACUGGAACGCAGAUGUUUUUAUCCAAACAAAUGAAACUAGCUGGAUGUCAAACCUCCUUCUCCGACUGUUUAUUUGGCUUUGACCAUUAGUAAAAGGUUAUUUAAGAAUAAUCAACCCAGGUGAAAACACAGUACCUGUUUGGCUUGAGAACAUCCGACUUAUAAUUUGAUACCGUAAUAUUCUGCUUUAUACAAUUUCCCUCUGGCUUUAUCAAACUAGUCGGAAUCUACUAAAAAUGGUAACAAUGGUACAAAAACUUUAACUUAAAAGGCUUUAACAUUCCUCUAUGCAUAUUAAAACUUCAAAUAUGUCCCUUUAUCAUCUCACAGUUUAUCAUCUGCUCGCACAAUUUCUUCUUUAAAAAAUUUGUGAAAAUGAAAUAUUUUUUGAAUGAUCCGUGAGUCGCUGGACAAAGACAGGCAAUGUUUGAAAAUAGUGGGGAAAUCAAAAGGGGGCUCAUAUUAGAUUACCGCCGAUUACAUGCUAGUAAGUGGAACAAAAACUGUUCAGACAUACAUAUAUAAUGGAUUCUCUCAGCUUUCCACAUGUUUGCAUGUAUG